AAUAAAAUAAGUCAUGCAUUUAUAGAAAAAAUGAUUUUAGGUCACCUGAAUGACAAAUCUUCCCUGUAGUCGACCUCUCCUUAUAAUUCUUUUUUUUUCUAAAACCAACAUUGCUUUCUCCGGCGUCGACUUCUGCUCCCAAAUAAUGAUCCUUUUGUUCAUCCCUUUUGUUUUUACUCUAUGAUUUUGAAUUUAGAGAAUUCGAUGGUGAUCGAUUUAUGGGUUUAGAGAAUUUCCUAGAUUUAGGGAAAGUUCCUGAUGGGGAAAGAAUUUUGGAACAACUUCAAAUUGUUGAAGUGGCAAAUGCUGAAGAGAUUUCCUUAGCUCCUAUUCCACUCAUAGAACAUUUUAGGCAGGGGUUAGGACGAUUUAAAGGAGGAUAUGCUCGAGGUCUUGGGAUAGGAGGACUUUCAAAUCGCUAUAUGGAACAAGAAUUAAUUAAAACAUGUGAAGAACAGGCGACAAAACAUGCUGAUGAUUUGGAGAAGAGGAUUUCAAAUUUGGGUGAUACUAUAAAAAUGCAAGCUGAUUUAAUUAACCAGUUACACAAUUUGGUUGAAGAUUUGCAGAAUCAAGCUAAUGAAUACAAGAAUGCAAGAAGCGAAAACGAAAAUGUUUCUGGGAUUAAACUAUCUGAAUCACAACUCCAACAAAUUUCAGCUUUUGUGAUGCAAAGGUCAAAAUGAUAUUAGUCUCAUUUCCAUUUAGGAUUUAUUUUGUUAUUUUUAUUUUUCAGAUUUAUUUUAGUUGGAACAAACAAAACUUAGUUGUUAUUAAUUUUAUUUAAUAAUAUUUUUAUUUUGAAUAAAUUUUUAUUUAUUCA